CGAGAAUACUGUCUCUGAAAACCCCUGCCUUUCGAAAGGAAAUAUUGCACCGUGUGGAUGCAGAGGCGGCAGGGAGAGGUGCAGGAAGUCUGAGUGGGGAAGGAGGGGGUGGGGGGAGCUGCUGUGUCUGUCCCUCCCUCUCUCUCCCCAUGCGGACCGUCACUUUGUUACAAUGAGUUGGAGCUAGGGGUUGAGCCAAGCAGCGCCUCUGCCGCCCGUACAGUAAGGGAACAAAGGCAGCAGGGAGAGCGUGAUUAAUUUAUACAGAUUAUUUAUUUAAUAUCGAGUAUGCACAGGAUUAUGUUCCUCUUUCCUGUCAAGAAGAUUCGGAAACAUUUCAACGUGCUGAUGUUUGUAGUGAUUGUGGGGCUUGGAGUUUGGGCAGCUUACCUGGAGUUCGUAGCUUCGAGUGAGUGGAGAAGAGGCGCCUUCAAGCCCCAUCGAGAAUUCAGAAACUGGAAGGAACAAUCUCAUGUGCAACGCAACAAAGUGCCUGGUGUCGCUCGGGACCUGGAAUAUUAUAACCAAAGAAAGGAGGAGACAGGAAAUGAGGAUCUUGACAGCAACCAUUGGCAAGAAAGUCAUGAAUUGAAUUUUGUGGGAAUGUGGAGCUCUAAGUUCAUGGGACAAGCAAAUUUGCACAUAUUUGAAGACUGGUGUGGCGGUUCUGUUGAUCAGCUCAGGAAAAAUAUUCAUUUCCCUCUCUUUCCACAUACACGGACUGUGGUCAAGAAGUUGGCGGUGGCACCAAGCUGGACCAACUAUGGGCUCAGAAUAUUCGGCUAUAUCCAUCCCUAUGCAGAUGGUGCAUUCCAGUUUGCAGUGGCCUCUGAUGAUAAUUCCGAAUUCUGGCUGAGUACAGAUGAGAGUCCUUCAAAUCUCACACUUCUGGCGAAAGUUGGAAAGACUGGUAAGGAAUGGACAGCCCCUGGAGAAUUUGGAAAGUUUCAAAGUCAAGUCUCCAAGCCCACACAGUUGUUAUCCUUUAAGAAAUAUUUCUUUGAGGUACUGCACAAACAAAAUGACAAAGGAACAGACCACAUAGAAGUUGCAUGGCGACUUCGCAAAACUGGCCUUAAAUUCAGCAUUAUUGAUUCGAAGUAUAUCUCACUUUAUGUUAACGAGUCACUGAUAAAAUUAAAUGAGGUUCAGCACAUUCCACAGUCUGUAGCGAGCCAUAAAAAGAAUUACGGUUAUUCCAGUUCACACAGAGACCAUCCAACAGAAAUGCUGAAAUAUGACCCUCGUGACAGUUUCUUCCAAUUACCUCUAAUUGAUGAGUCCCAUGUGCACAAAGUGCUGCCUGACUGUGUUUACAGACCCAGCUAUAUAAUUAAAGGAUUCCCGCUGCUCCGUUACCAGGGAUUACAGUUUGUUCAUCUGACUUACGUAUAUCCUAAUGAUUACACAAGGUUAACUCACAUGGAGUCAGAAAACAAAUGCUUUUAUUAUGAGAAUACCUACAACUUUGACAGAUUUGGAUUCGAUAGAUACAUGAAGAUGGAUAAACCACAAAAACCAAACAAUGAAAAGUUUCAAAAUCCUUUCAGAAUAGUGGGCAAAGGAAAGCCAAAUAAACAGAUGAAUAAUAAUGAGGAAGAACUGGGGGAAAAUGCUGAACUAGAUGAGAAAGAAUAUGAAGAUGAUGAUGAUCAAUUUCCACAAUUAGUGGUUCCAAAGGCUGAAUUCCAAAAGCAAAACCGAAAGAACAUUGAGGAGUUUGGAAAUAAAAGAAAUCAUGGAUCAACCAUUCAGGAGAAGAAAUACUUUGCAAAACUACAUGAUAGACAGCAAGCAGUCACUGUCAAAGAUUAUGGCGAUGACUAUGAUGAUUAUGCUUUUAAAAGGAGACGAAAGUUGUUUUAUGUUGUAGAUCAGAAACCUAGUGAUAAUGCAUUUGGUCUUACUAAGACUGUAGACACUGAGAUAACUCUUGACAGUAAAGGAAUGAAGGAUAGGAACAAUGAAACUACUUCUUUUGAAGAAACUAUGCAGGGCACCCAGUCUCUGAGGCAAAAAACAGCCAAGAUCUCCCACAGUUCUUCAAAAACGUUUUCAGUAUCAGAUCAUGACUUAGAAAGGCAAUCAGCAAAAUUACUUGUGGGACAGAAGGCUAGAGUUAACAGUACUAAUCAGAAUGUUUUACAGAGAGAAAAUCUAAAUAUUGACAAAAACAUUAGUAGAGUUGAAUUUCCUGAAAGGCAAAUUCCUAGAUUAAGAAAGAAACAAGGAGAAAAGAUUAUUCAAAAACCAAAGAGGAUCAUUAAUACCCAGCAGCCACUUCCCUUGUUAGGACAAAAUGUGAACAGGGAAAAUGGUACGUUCCUGAACAAAAAGGGAAGUAAGAAGAGUACAAAUGUAUUCACAAAUCACACAGAAUUGACCUCACCUCCCACCUUGCAAGAGGAAGUUCUUCAUGAUCAAAAACAAAUCAAAGUCUCUAACAAGUCUAUUCACGGUCAAAGGAAUGAAAUGUACAAUGGUACUGAGAACACAGGACUGAAAUCCAAGUAUUUUCUGUCCACAAAGGAGCUGCAGCCUGACAAUGUAGAAAACCAGAUGGACAGAAUUCCACCACUUCCAAAUGUGCAAAGGCAAGAAAAAGAACACGAGUACCGUGAAAAGAAAAAUAUUGCAGUACCGUGGGGGUCAAGAGAUAAAAUUAAAGAAAAGUUGCAAGGGUUUGGGAAGAAGGGGGAGAAAUGGGGACAUAUUUCUUCAAUGGAUACAGAAACCAACAGUAAGCAGGUAAACGAAGAUGAAGAUGAAGAUGAAAUGGAAGAGGAGCUGAAUGUUUACCAACAUGUAUAUGACAAAGCAGUUAGUUGGGAACAGACUUUCACAGUAAACAAUAUAGACUUCAAUGCUUUACGGUCAGACUGGAUUGAUCUGAGGUGUAAUGUUUCUGGAAACCUGCUGAUGAAAGAACAAGAGGCUCUGGAUGUAGCUGAAAUAAAUACAACGUUGCUGAUUUUUGCAGGAAAGCCAAAUAAACAGAUGAAUAAUAAUGAGGAAGAACUGGGGGAAAAUGCUGAACUAGAUGAGAAAGAAUAUGAAGAUGAUGAUGAUCAAUUUCCACAAUUAGUGGUUCCAAAGGCUGAAUUCCAAAAGCAAAACCGAAAGAACAUUGAGGAGUUUGGAAAUAAAAGAAAUCAUGGAUCAACCAUUCAGGAGAAGAAAUACUUUGCAAAACUACAUGAUAGACAGCAAGCAGUCACUGUCAAAGAUUAUGGCGAUGACUAUGAUGAUUAUGCUUUUAAAAGGAGACGAAAGUUGUUUUAUGUUGUAGAUCAGAAACCUAGUGAUAAUGCAUUUGGUCUUACUAAGACUGUAGACACUGAGAUAACUCUUGACAGUAAAGGAAUGAAGGAUAGGAACAAUGAAACUACUUCUUUUGAAGAAACUAUGCAGGGCACCCAGUCUCUGAGGCAAAAAACAGCCAAGAUCUCCCACAGUUCUUCAAAAACGUUUUCAGUAUCAGAUCAUGACUUAGAAAGGCAAUCAGCAAAAUUACUUGUGGGACAGAAGGCUAGAGUUAACAGUACUAAUCAGAAUGUUUUACAGAGAGAAAAUCUAAAUAUUGACAAAAACAUUAGUAGAGUUGAAUUUCCUGAAAGGCAAAUUCCUAGAUUAAGAAAGAAACAAGGAGAAAAGAUUAUUCAAAAACCAAAGAGGAUCAUUAAUACCCAGCAGCCACUUCCCUUGUUAGGACAAAAUGUGAACAGGGAAAAUGGUACGUUCCUGAACAAAAAGGGAAGUAAGAAGAGUACAAAUGUAUUCACAAAUCACACAGAAUUGACCUCACCUCCCAUCUUGCAAGAGGAAGUUCUUCAUGAUCAAAAACAAAUCAAAGUCUCUAACAAGUCUAUUCACGGUCAAAGGAAUGAAAUGUACAAUGGUACUGAGAACACAGGACUGAAAUCCAAGUAUUUUCUGUCCACAAAGGAGCUGCAGCCUGACAAUGUAGAAAACCAGAUGGACAGAAUUCCACCACUUCCAAAUGUGCAAAGGCAAGAAAAAGAACACGAGUACCGUGAAAAGAAAAAUAUUGCAGUACCGUGGGGGUCAAGAGAUAAAAUUAAAGAAAAGUUGCAAGGGUUUGGGAAGAAGGGGGAGAAAUGGGGACAUAUUUCUUCAAUGGAUACAGAAACCAACAGUAAGCAGGUAAACGAAGAUGAAGAUGAAGAUGAAAUGGAAGAGGAGCUGAAUGUUUACCAACAUGUAUAUGACAAAGCAGUUAGUUGGGAACAGACUUUCACAGUAAACAAUAUAGACUUCAAUGCUUUACGGUCAGACUGGAUUGAUCUGAGGUGUAAUGUUUCUGGAAACCUGCUGAUGAAAGAACAAGAGGCUCUGGAUGUAGCUGAAAUGUACUUAAGAAAACUGAACGAGAAACAUAAAGGAAUAUAUACACUUCAUCAGUUGGUCGGUGUUGAAAAGCGCCUUGAUCGCAUACAUGGAAGUCGAUAUCUCCUGGAACUUGCACUGUUGGUGAAUGAAAAAACGAUUGUGCGAUUAUCAGAGUACGUUUAUGGCCUCAACAGAAAUGGUUACUAUAUGGAUGGUGAUGAUGGACGGAAGAGGAGAACUGCUUUUAGGCACAGAGGCCGGCAACUCAGAGAAAAGCAAGAAAAGAUUAUGCUGUGUGCACCAACUGGAUUUAACUGGCAGCGCAGUGCCGUGGUACACUUUAUAGUUCCAGUCAAAAAUCAAGCCCGGUGGGUGCAGCAGUUUAUCUUUGAUAUGGAAGAGUUGUACAGAGCUACUGGAGAUGAGUACUUCAAUGUCAUCAUUACUGAUUACAGUAGCACAGACAUGGAUGUUGAAAAGGCCUUGAAACAAAGCAUGCUGACCAGGUAUCAAUAUGUGAAACUUGAGGGGAAUUUUGAGCGCUCAGCUGGUCUGCAGGCUGGAAUAGAUAUAAUAAAGGAUGAUCACAGCAUUGUUUUCCUGUGUGAUCUGCACAUUAACUUUCCUCCAGGCAUAAUAGACAGCAUCAGAAAACAUUGUGUGGAGGAAAAGAUGGCAUUUGCUCCAAUAGUAAUGAGGCUGAACUGUGGCUCCUCUCCACAGGAACCUGAAGGAUAUUGGGAAAUGAAUGGAUUUGGCUUGCUAGGAAUAUACAAAUCGGAUCUUGACAGAAUUGGUGGGAUGAAUACAAAAGAAUUCCGUGAUCGUUGGGGAGGAGAAGACUGGGAACUCCUGGAUAGGAUUUUCCAGGCUGGGUUGGAAGUGGAAAGAUUAUACAUGAGAAACUUCUUUCAUUUCUACCACUCCAAACGUGGAAUGUGGAAUAGGAAACAAGUCAAGGUGACGUAGUUACAGUGACCAGAGGAAGUCUGGCUAGCAUGCACUUUAUCCAGUCAGGAUCGAAUUACCCUGUCCAAAGACAAAUGGAGUACAGUGCUGUCUUAGCAAAAUGUAUCUGAAGACAAAUAAACUGCUGCUGUAAUAACUCAGGCUACUAAUAGCAUAGGUUUUGUGAUCUUCAACCCAGGAAGUAUAUUACAAAGAGCCUCUCUCAGUACUUAAGUUUGUAAGUGGUGAAAAAAAGCUUAACAAGAUAUUUUAUAUUUUUUUAUUCAAAGAAAUGCUAUGAUCCUGAUACAUUCGGGUCUGAAAUGAAGAGUUAUGCUAUGGAACAAUAAAGCAAAAAUAUAGAUUGACAUUUUUCAUUUGGAGGACUAUGUAAAACUGAAAUAAUAGUUCUAUUUUUGGGGUUGCACUGUGUGGUACUAUGAUAUUCACAGGGCUAUACAGAUGCACAGUUUCGUCUUCUCUCACAUGAAAAAGUUAAUGGGUCUACCAGGGUGAUCAUUUUUAUUGUCAUAAAUUAAAAACUUGCUUAUACUUUGGAAGUUACAUCUUUCAUUGGAAAUUGAAUAAUUCAAUAAUUAAAAUGUUAUGCGUCAGGAUUCUACAUUUGCCAUAUUUGUAACCAUUUAAUUUUGGGAAGGGGAGAUUAAUGAUCCUAUUUUAAUGUUUAAAUACUAUGGGAAAUAUUUAAAAGAAACCAGGUCAAGUUCAUUCUCUUUAAUUAGUAUUAUUACCACCUCGGUUGGUAAGGUUGAGCAUGUGAUUUUUCUUCAUCUGUGUACAUUUUCAGGAUAAUGUUCUUGUUACUAUUUCCAUUUUUAACACUUUGAAGAGUUUACACUCACAUAUAUUUAGUGAACCCAGUAUAUUUUUGUCUAUUAGCAAUAAGGCUACAUGUAUGUCUCAGAAUUUCUAGGCAUGGUUGUGCAUGACACAUAGCUGUGAUCUAGUUGCAUUUUAGAUGCAGGAUCAUCUUUGAGUAAACAUACGUAAACUACAAUGAGGGAAAUUACUUCAAUUGUUCUUUUAACGUACAGCCAUGGAAUCAAAUGAUUCAUUAUUGGAGUAAGUUGGUUAAGUUUACUUUGAUGCAAACUGUGUGCACACAAAAUAUCUCAAGUCUCCUUUAUUCUCCUAUAUACAGAUCUAAAUUAACUCUUUAAAUACAAAUUAACUGUGCACCUAUACUUUUACUUGAGUAUGCAGAAUACACAGGUAUUUUUGCUACCUUGUGUUUGUAACCAAGUACCUCAAUUAUGAGUCUUAUAUAUAAAAGCUCAUCACAAAAUUCAAUCAGAAUUUAUUUUUCUAUAAAGAUAGAUGUGAGAACUUUAGGUACUUUUCAAACACAUUUUGAACUUAAGCAAAAACAAUAAGUCCCGGAAAUGCUUAGCAGGUCUGGCAGUAUCUGUCGAAAGAGAAAUAGAAUUAAUAUUUUGCAUCAAAUAUGUUCUGAAGGAAAGAUGUAUUCGACUUAAUUCCGUUUCUAUCUCUACAGUACUGCCAGACAUGGUGAGAAUUCCCAGAACUUCCUGAUUUGAUUUCAGAUUCCCAGCAUGGACAGUAGUUUGCUUUUAUUUUGGGUACUUAAAUAAGCAAGGAAACCAACAAGAAACAUUAGUGAUGUCAAGUCACUUUUGAUCAAGGUUCUUUCCAAGGGUGUAGACUUUUGUAUUACUGUAGAAUUUGUUUUUAACUGUAUCUGUACAUUGUAGUGGUUGGCUUUAAUAAUGCUGGGAUGAAGGGUUAAUGAUUUCUAUGAAAUUGCUAAGUUGUGUAUAAUUGUGAUUUUUGGAAAUAAAAGUUUUGUUUUGAAACUUUUA